GUCAUUUCGCUUCCCACCCGAGCAAGAGGUAACUGGAAUUAGAUACCGAGUUUUGAUCUCUCUGUUCCUCCUAAAGUCCCAGCAGGGCCUGAGGCCGGCUUAGCACUCACUGCUCUGCCGCCAGACGAGCUGACCCUUCCCUGUUCCUAUCCUCCCCACGGAUCCCACGCGACUCCACACAACUUUGAGUCUUCAGUCCCCACGGGACCUCAACCCUUUCCCAAUGCCCAGCAUGCGUUGUCUGGCUCCAACCUGUCCCCGAUGAUCCAAGCAGGUGACCUCCGUGAACUCUGGUCUACCCUGGGUCCGCAUCGUCCACCCAAUUUCAAGAGAAUCUACCGUCAUGGCCAGUGUUUCUGAGCGUCCGCCGCCAGCCGACCCCAAGUGGGAAAUAUCGAGAAUUAGGCUGACACUCGGUCAUUCUCUAGGAGAAGGCUGCUUUGGCCAGGUUUUUAAGGCAGAGGCUGUUGGCCUUCACCUGGACAGCACUGCCGAGCCCGUCACCGUGGCUGUGAAAAUGCUGAAAGAUGAUGCCAACGGCCAGGACUUGUCGGACCUGGUGUCUGAGAUGGAGAUGAUGAAAGUUAUUGGCCGGCACGAGAACAUUAUCAACCUGCUGGGGGCCUGCACACAGGGCGGGCCAUUGUAUGUGCUGAUGGAGUACGCAGCCAAGGGCAACCUCCGGGACUUCCUGCGGGCACAAAGGCCGCUCAGCGCGGAAUGCUAUGGUGCCUCCAGGCUGCCAGAAGAACAGCUCACCCGCAAAGAUCUCGUGUCCUGUGCCUGUCAGGUGGCCCGAGGUAUGGAGCACCUGGCUUCUCGGAAGUGCGUUCACAGAGACUUGGCUGCCAGAAACGUGUUGGUGACUGAGGACAACGUGAUGAAGGUUGCAGAUUUUGGCCUGGCCCGUGAUGUGCACCGUCUGGGAUACUACAAGAAGAUCACGCACGGCCGGCUCCCUGUGAAGUGGAUGGCACCAGAGUCCCUGUUGGACGGAGUCUACACCCACCAGAGUGAUGUGUGGUCCUUUGGAGUCCUGCUCUGGGAGAUCUUUACCCUGGGGGGCUCUCCAUACCCUAGCAUCCCAGCGGAAGUGCUUUUCAAGUUGUUGAAAGCCGGCUACCGCAUGCACAAGCCUGCCGACUGCCCACACGACUUGUAUGUGGUCAUGCGAGACUGUUGGCGUGCGGUGCCUUCCCGAGGCCCACCUUCAAGCUCCUGGUAGAGGGAUUCGAUGGCAUCCUCACGCCCGUCAGCCCACGUACGCCUGGACCUACCGAUGCCUUUUGAGCAGAGCUUGCCAGGUGAUGGGGAUACCGGGAGCCCCAGUUCCUUAGAGACGACUGUUCACCCACGCCCUGCUGCGCCCAACCCGACCCGAGCAUCGGAGGCCUCAGACGUGAGGGGCCCAGGAUCCCAUAGACCAAGCCCCGGUUAAUGUUUACGGAUAUAAAAACGUAUGGGGCCUUUACAAGUUGUGUUUGCUACAGGGUUAGCACUUCUUAUGUGACGCUUCCUCGUUUUGUAGGAUUGGCUAUGACGUUUCAAACCUAGUGAGAAAAAGCAGUGAACGUACGCUUGUGAUUUUUUUGUACUGUUCCUGAGCCCCUGACUUUGGUGGCUGUCUCUCGCCUAUGAGCUGGCAGCGCCAGGACAGUGUCUCAGGGGAACUUUUCUUGGAGCCCAGCGUGUGGUUUCUCAGCCCACAUCGGCAGAUGUCGUUUUGUUAAUGCAAACAACUUUUCUAAAAAAAAAAAAUAGGAUCUCUGUGAGUUUGAGACCAGCCUGGUCUACAAGAGCUAGCACCAGGACAGGCUCUAAAGCUGCAGAGAAAC